AUGAAAGAUGCAAAAGAAAAAUUACAUGUAUGGUUAUUAAAAUCCUUAAAAAGAUAUCUCAAAGAAAUCUACAACUUGUCUACAAAACUAAAAAAUUUGUUUUCCAAUACAACAACAAUCAUGCAAAUUUUUGAUAUUUUCAUUUAUACGUUGUUAGGAUUAAAUAUUUUCUCUAAUACCAUUGCAUUUCCGCUUUCGAAAAAGGGAUUUCUCGAUGGUACUCUUAAUAAUUUAGACGUUAUUAAUCCUAUUACUACUUUGAAUUCUGUUAUUGAUUCUGAAGUUUCCAAAAAUAAUAAUGACAAUACAAAAAAUAAACGACAAACAAUUGGAUAUCUAAUCGAAUAA